AAACGAUAGUACCGAUGAUUCAAGAAGAAUCAACACUAUAUUUCUGCAUAAGUUCUUAUCUCCUCUAUAUGGUCAAACUCUACUGUGCUGCUCCUCUUCUGCUGUUACCUGUUACUAUACCAACGUUUAUGAGCACAAUGUGCCACAGUUACUUUCCUCAUACUCAGAUUCUUUUUGUAGCAUUUCAUCAUAUCAUACUUUUAAAGCUUCCAUAUUGUGAAAAGCAACACUUUAAUGUUUUCUUUACCAUGAGGCAGGUCCAAGUUCCAUUUAAAUAUUGUGAAAGUAUCUAAACGGUCGAUCCAUGGAGAAAUACGCACCGCUGCGACGGGCCGACAGGAUUUUCAUACUAAUGAGAAUUCAAAAACAAUUGUGUUUUUCAUUUUUCGGGAAUGAGUACAUCAGGUCCAAAAACAAUCCAACGCAAUUCCGGACUAAGAAACGGACUAAAAUGUAGUGUUUUCGAUGGCGGGUGAAUACCGGUACAUUCAGACAGACAAUAUUACUUUUUUUCAAAGCAUUUAUACGUUGUAGUAGAUACCCAAUAUGGUAUCAUGGUACCACAGGAAUAAAGGCAGGACCUUUCAUUGUAAUGCUGUAUUGUUAUAUUGCUGCGUUGCUACUUUCCCAAAGGUAACAGGGCUGAAUACUUCCCCCACGAGCCCUUGAUGUUACACAGUGUAUAUUAAAGAGCUAAUGAACUAAUGCAUACCAUAGAACGUGUAUGGUAUGCAAAUUGUUUGACAAGUUAAUAACACAAUGAAAAGGUCUUUUACAGCCACUUAAACCUGCCUGUUGGUGAACAUUUCUUCCAAUAAAGUUGCAUAACGUGAAAUGGCUUAAGUGCACAGGAGAGAGCAGGUGGUAGAAGAUGAGACAGAAAGGAGAGAGAGAGGGGGGAGAGAGGAGAGAGAGGGUGAGUGAGGGGAGAGAUAGAUGUUCGUCUUGAAGUCCCAGCAAAGCACAAGUGCGUGAUAGCAGCAGAGAGACACAGCGCACAGCCAGGCUCCUCUCAGUCAGUGAGUAACUUACUUUAUCUUACGUGAAAGUUCCAAGUGUUUUGUUUGUGUUCUUUUCACAACUGUGAAUGGUAAUGACAGUUUUGGUUGGUUGUCAAACAACAUUUUUCUAAAUGGUCCGCUUGCAUGGAUCAUGAUGGUUUCAGCGAUAAAAUAAUAACAAAAGUAGGAAUUGAAUUGUAAAUCUCUCAUGAUUGAACCAUAACUCUGUUGAUUAAGGAUGCGUUCUCUCAUGUGUGUACAGACGUUCUUCUGGUUCACAUUGAACAGAUUUGGAACUCAUAAGGAACAUUAACAUUACACUAAGAGUGGCAUUUAGUGUUGAUUUGUGCACAUGUGUGUUACCUCAUGUGUGUAAAGCACAAAGUAUGAGACACAUUUGUAUGUGUCAUCGCUUGUUAAUGUGAUCACAUGUUCUUUUUCUUUUGUCCAGACUGCCCUUCAGUGUGAGCUGCUGUCGAGCGACAUAGGAAAUCCAUCAGUGUGCGUCACUUCUGCGUCCUGUAGCCUGGGGGACACACACCUCUCCCCCGCUGCUUUCUCCGCACUGUUCUACCCCACCCUGUGCGAUCAUGGAUCUUGUGGAGUGGAGAAACAUGGGCAGUGGCUGCGAAAAUGAAAACUGUAGCCACGGAUCUGGCUUCCCCGAGGACUGCUUGGACCAAGACUGCCACUCGGAGGAACCGCUGUUCGGAUUGAUUGAGUUAGUGUGUGUGACUGUCAUUUACGUUCCACUGAUGCUCUUUGGCCUUCUGGGAAACAUACUGACAAUUCUGGUGGUUUGGCUCCGCCCUCACAUGAGAAGCUCUACCUACCUCUACCUGAGCAGCAUGGCUGUCAGUGACCUGUUGAUUCUCCUACUGCUGCCUCUGGAUCUGUAUAAGCUCUGGAGGCCCAGACCGUGGCCCUUAGGGGACCUUGCCUGCAAGCUAACGAUGUUCCUCUCAGAGUGCUGCACCUUCUGCACCAUCCUCCACAUCACCUUCCUCUCCCUGGAGAGGUACCUGGCGGUCUGCUGGCCAAUCACGGCAAAGACCGUGCUGACGCGGCGCAGAACCAGGGCUCUCAUCGGCUGCCUGUGGCUGGGCGCAGCCGUGAGCGCGGCACCGGUGCUGGUCAUGGUUGGAGUGGAGGAUGUUGGAGGAGAGGAACUCGAGCUCGGGGGAUGGAGGGAGGAUGGAGGUUGGGCGAGCAGUGAAGUGGAACAGGGAGGGUAUACGACAGGUGGAGGCGAAGGAGGAAGUGGGCACAACGGAAGAUUGGAGGAAAAAGAGUGGGGAGAAAAAACGAAGGAAUGGGCUAAAGGGGUCGGAGAGUCGAAAUGGUUUGGAGAGAAAGGGGAGAGAAAAGCCGCAACAGAAGGAAGCGGCAAAGAGACUCAAGGAGAUGGAGGAAAAAGAGAAUUUGAGGAUCGAGCCAAUGAAGGGGGAGGGGAAGAAGAUUCGGAGACGGAAGUUGAGGGAGAGAGGCAAAAUAAGAUGAGGGAGGAUGAGGGAGGAGGACAGGAAGGUGGCGCUGACGGUGGGGGCGAGGUUGACAAUAGAGAGUGCCGCUGCACGCAGUUCGCCGUCUCCUCCGGCCUGCUGUCAGCCAUGAUGGUUCUCUCCAACUUGUACUUCCUGGUUCCCCUCUGCACCCUGGGUCUCGUCUACAGCCUGAUCGGACGGACGCUGUGCCUCCGUCCCCAAAGCAGCCGCAGAGACCAGAGUCACCGGCACACGGUCAAGAUGUUGGGAGUGAUCGUCUUGGCGUUUGUCCUGUGCUGGCUGCCCUUCCACGUGGGUCGCACCAUCUUCUCUCUUUCAAUGGGCACGGACUCUGACGCACAGGACGGUCACACGGACACAGACGUGCACGCUGACAUCGACGGCCUCACGGACGCAGAUACCAACUUUAGCCACUUGGACUCGCACGCGCCCUUCGAGACACACCCGGGUAGAUUCACACACAUGGGAGACGCAAACACCACGCGCGUGCAAAGCGGGACGCCAGCACGCGCACACUCACAGAACGACACUCCCGAUCACACGCCUCCCGCCGUGCGCGCACACACCGCGACCCCGACCGGCCCGUACGACGGAGACGACGCGCGCAAAUACGCGCGCAAUGACACGCGCUCUGCCGGUCCGCACAAUCAGCCUGACACGCACUCCUAUUUUUUAUACUAUCUGUCCCAGUAUUUCAACCUGGUUUCCUCCGUCCUCUUCUUCCUCAGUGCUGCUGUCAACCCGUUACUGUACAACCUGAUGUCCGCCAAGUAUCGGAACGCCGUGCGCAGCCUGGCGCGCGCGGACACGCAGUCGCGCCGCCUGCGCACGCUCACGUCGCAGCCCUCCACGACUACUUUGUGAGGGGGCAACAGUGCGCGCGCACACACACGCACAUUCGUACUCGUGCGAUGGCCCUGACCUCAGUUUAACAUGUAUUUAAAAGAUUGUUCUCAAUUAGGUGUCGCUUAGGAAAAAUGUAUUUUUAUACGUUUGAUGAUGUUGUAUUGAUGUUUUAAUUAAUUUAAGGUAAGGUAAUAUGCACUUAUUUUAGAAAUAAAACGAUAUUUAUAUAUAGAUAUAUAUUAUUUUUAUUUUAUUUUCCAACUUAACUGUCCUUUUGUUGAUUUGUGUCUCUGUCUGUGGUGUACUAAAUAGGAUCAGGAACAAACACGUCACUGCUCAUUGACAUCGUCUGUCUUCAUGUGUGAAGAGGGCUAACUCCCUUUGAGAAUGUGGACCUUUCAAAGUAAAUGAUGCACUUUAUACACAUUUUACAGAGGACAAACUGUAGGCAUAUUCUAAGGUGCGGUGACAGCAGCCAGAUACUUUGCACCCCCCCCCCCCCCCACACACACACACAGACACCCACCCACACAAACAUAGAAUAGGGCUAUCAUUUUGAUUCAUAGGUUCAUACAAGCUGAUGUGUUUUGGCGUAAUAUAAAUUCCAUUAACGUGUUCAGAUACUGAUAUAAAUGCCUAUUUGAUUCACACUCGAGGUGUUAUCACCUCCGCGGAGGAGGUUAUGUUGGUUACAUUAGUCGCGCUUUUGUCAGAAGGAAACACCGAAUGGAUUUCCUGAAGUUGGCUGGACAGAUUGUCCCUGGGGCUGAAGGACAAUUGAUUUGAUUGUGUCGGUAACCCUGGCCAUUUGUGCCAUGAAUUCAUGUCUUUUAUAAGAAUGCAUGUACGUAUUUAGCUAUAUAUAUAUAUAUAUAUAUAUUUGAAAAAUGUAUAAGAAAAAUGUAGUCAUUUCUUUUCUAGUCUCUCACAUGUAGUGUAAAAUGCCGAAAAAAGGAUGUGCUGAAUCUAAUGUUUUGCUUGUGUUUGACAUGUAAGGCCUCCCCCAGCAUCAAUAAAGUCAUAUCUUAAGUAGUGUUUCAUAUAAGACACA